AUUAUUAUUACUAUUAUUAAUUCUGCGUUUUAUCAGCAUGGCCUCUGGAUAUGUUCAGCUUGUCAGCGUGGCAGGUUAAGCCUGCGCUGGUGGUGCUCCGCGUGUUUGUUUACGUGCUUUCCUCUGCCAAAGUAUGCACCUGCUUGAUGGUAAUUACCCGGAAAGGAUGGAGCGGGGCACGCCACAAAGGAAAACCGUGUACCGGAUCUCUCUCACGUUAGUGAAAAAGGAGAGCCUGCAGGGUGGCGGUGGCGUCGCCACGGCAUCCCGGCGGCUCGAGAACCCCAAAGUGAGCGCAUACCGGCGGGAAGGAUCCUCGGAGAUCCAGCGAAGCUGUCCUCUGGAGGAGGUUAAAGAAGUGGAGGAUGAAACGGACGACUUCGCUCCCCACGCGUACAGGAACUUCCGGACGUUUAGCACCGGACAGCUGGAACUUGGUAGGUUGAAGGUUUCGCGGAAGAUGCGACAUUUACAGAAAGAUAACUCGCUGGAGUUGGACGAAACGCAUUCGAGCGCAUCGCCAGCGGAUGCUUACUGUAAAGAGGGCACUGAGAAUUGUGGAGCGUUGCAUAAAGCAAAUGUGCAAGCACCGGAUAUGGAAGCUGACAGAUUUAAGGCGGAUGGUGAGACUGAGGAAAGCUGCAAAGCAGCUGCUGGAAAUGGAGAAAGCGCGGGCAUUAAAAGGAAAAGUAUGUUGAAGACUUCCAGGAGUGCUGAGGAGCAGGUCAGCGGGCGUACAGUUGAAGAUCAGGUGUCUGAAGAGGAAAAAGACUCCCAGAAGGGCGGAAAGCUGCCCAAGGACAGCAGCCUCUCUUCUUUGCUUGCUAAACUGAACGGAAAAGCCGCCAAACAGGCCCCCCAGACCCCUCCGGUCAAGAGGCAUCCCAGCCUGCUGCGUCGGAGUUUCAGCUUUCGGCAUUGGACCGGCAGCGAGCUCUUGCGGAUCCGGGCCCUGUCCAAAGAGAAGCACCACAGCAGCUCGGGUUGCAUCGGGCAUGAGGAGGCCCAGGUCAAAUCCCAGUCUGCCGUGGUCCUGCAGAACCCCGCCUUCGAUGAAGCCGAACCAGCAGAGAAGGGAGAGAAACGCAACACCUUGGACGUGGGCGAGGUUCUGGUGAGCCGCAGAGAGCGAGCCAAGGGCAAGAACCGCACACUGGACAACAGCGACCUCCUCAGGCUCUCGGACAAGUCCCUGGCAGAAAAAGAGGGGUUCAUCCGAGGCUCUGGUUCCCGCUCCAGUGGCCAGGAGCGCAGGCUCAUCCGCUUCUUUAGUGGCAUCUUCACCAAGAAGGAUGGUACUUCCACGCCCGUCAGCAGCCCCAGCAACCGCGCCCUCCGCAAGAACGGCCUGCUGGGCUCCCAGAGGAGGGCCACGCUGGGCUACUCGCAAUCCAGCACCGAGAGCGUCAACGGCUUCCUGCAGGACGAUGCUUUUGUGAACAGCCAAGAAUGGACUCUGAGUCGCUCCGUACCGGAGCUCAAAGUGGGCAUUGUUGGAAACUUGGCCAGUGGGAAGUCGGCUCUGGUGCACAGAUACCUGACUGGGACAUAUGUUCAGGAGGAGAGUCCGGAAGCUGACGUGGAUGCAGGUGGACGCUUUAAAAAGGAGAUAGUAGUGGACGGGCAGAGUUACCUGCUUCUUAUCAGGGAUGAAGGGGGCCCUCCAGAGGCACAGUUUGCGCUGUGGGUGGAUGCGGUAAUCUUCGUCUUCAGUCUGGAGGAUGAGAUCAGCUUUCAGACGGUGUAUCACUACUACAGCCGCAUGGCCAACUACCGCAACACUGCUGACGUGCCCCUUGUGCUUGUGGGAACUCAGGAUGCCAUCAGUGCAGCUAAUCCUCGCGUUAUUGAUGACGCUCGAGCACGCAAACUCUCUAAUGAGCUGAAGAGAUGCACGUACUAUGAGACCUGCGCCACCUACGGCCUCAACGUUGAACGCGUCUUUCAGGAUGUGGCUCAGAAAAUUGUUGCAACCCGGAAGAAGCAGCAGCUGUCAAUCGGACCCUGCAAGUCCCUCCCCAAUUCACCCAGUCACUCUUCAGUCUGCUCGGCGCCUGUGUCGGCCGUACACAUCAGUCAGACUAGUAAUGGAGGAGGCAGUCUGAGUGAUUACUCCUCCUCCGUGCCCUCCACUCCCAGCACCAGCCAGAAGGAGCUGCGUAUUGAUGUGCCCCAGACAGCCAACACCCCAACGCCGGUCCGCAAGCAAUCCAAACGCCGCUCCAACCUCUUCACGUCUCGCAAGGGGAGCGAACCAGACAAGGAGAAGAAAGGACUGGAGGGCCGCGCAGACAGCAUUGGAAGUGGCCGCGCAAUCCCAAUUAAGCAGGGAAUGCUCCUGAAGAGAAGUGGCAAAUCACUGAACAAAGAGUGGAAGAAAAAAUACGUCACACUCUGCGACAACGGAGUUCUUACCUACCAUCCCAGCCUGCAUGACUACAUGCAGAAUGUGCAUGGGAAGGAGAUUGAUCUGCUGAGGACUACGGUGAAGGUUCCAGGGAAAAGGCCUCCCAGAGCCAUCUCCACCUGUGCUGCCCCCGGCCCCAAAACCAACGGCCUCACCAAGGACAUGAGCAACCUGCAGCUGGGGCAGGCUCCAGGCUCGGUGAGCAGUAGCUCGUCUGCGUCGCAGAUGGCGAGUGGAAUCAGCCUAGUAUCGUUCAACAGCCGACCAGACGGCAUGCACCAGCGCUCAUACUCCGUCUCCAGUGCCGACCAGUGGAGCGAAGCCACGGUCAUCGCCAACUCAGGGGUCAGCACAGAUACUGGUCUGGGGGACUCAGUGUGUUCCAGUCCCAGUAUAUCCAGCACUACCAGUCCAAAGAUGGACCCUCCGCCCUCGCCGCACGCUAACCGCAAGAAGCACCGCAGGAAGAAGAGCACUAGCAACUUCAAAGCAGACGGCUUCUCCGGUACAGCAGAAGCCAAACGUAAAGCUUGGAAACUUAAUCGUGUUGGUAGUCUGCGCAACAUUUACAACAGUUCCAACACUGAAGAGCAAGAGGAGAACUUUGAAUUCAUCAUUGUGUCUCUGACGGGCCAGACAUGGCAUUUUGAAGCGACGUCCUAUGAGGAGCGCGAUGCCUGGGUGCAGGCUAUCGAGAGCCAGAUCCUGGCCAGCCUGCAGUCCUGCGAGAGCAGCAAGCAGAAGUCGCGUCUGACCAGCCAGUCUGAAGCUAUUGCACUGCAGUCAGUCAGGAACAUGAGAGGAAACUCUCGCUGUGUGGACUGUGAGGCCCAGAACCCUGACUGGGCCAGUCUCAACCUGGGUGCUCUGAUCUGUAUUGAGUGUUCAGGUAUCCACCGUAACCUCGGCACACAUCUGUCCCGUGUGCGCUCUCUGGACCUGGACGAGUGGCCUCUUGAGCUCAUCAAAGUCAUGUCUGCUAUCGGCAACGAGCUGGCCAAUAGCGUGUGGGAGGCCAAUGCACAGGGGCGACUGAAGCCUGCCCCAGAUGCCAGCAGGGAGGAGCGUGAGCGUUGGAUCCGGGCGAAGUACGAGCAGAAGCUGUUUGUGGCGUCUCUGCUGUGCACAGAGCUGCCCCUGGGGCAGCAGCUGCUGCGGUCCACGGCCGAGGAGGACCUGCGUGCCGUCGUGCUACUGCUGGCCCACGGCUCACGGGAAGAGGUGAACGAGACGUGUGGAGAGGGAGACGGCCGCACCGCCUUGCACCUAGCCUGCCGCAAGGGCAACGUGGUCCUCACGCAGCUCCUCAUUUGGUACGGAGUAGACAUCAUGGCGCGGGACGCCCAUGGAAACACAGCACUGGCGUACGCGCGGCAGGCUAACAGCCAGGAGUGUGUGGACAUCCUGCUCCAGUACGGCUGUCCGGACGAGCGCUACCCGCUCAUUGCCACACCCAACCUGUCCCGCAGGAACAACAACCGCAACAACAGCUGCAGCAGCACGGGCAGUUCAGCCCUUAUCUGACACACAUAACCACCCACCACACACACACACACGACCUCACGCACCUUCCGUAUGACUCAAACACACACAACACACACACUCAGCAUUCUCUCAGCUUCAACACACACAUCCACAUGUACAGCCCUACCACUAGAUUCAAAUCAUGAGAGAAGCAUAUACUACACUGACGGGAAUGACUGCGAUAACCGUGAUGAUGAUUAUGAAGAAGCGCUAACGGAACCACUGCAUUUGCACUCACGAUGCCUCGCGCUGCCACUAGCUUGUUGUGAGGGAGCUUUUAACGCUCGUCUCACCCACUUACUUUUCCAACGGCAAACGCUCGUCACACAGCUCCUCCCUUGGCAGGUGACAUAUAUUGGGAGAAUGCCCUGCCCAUUCAGUCUUCUGGCUGCAUAGUAGCAUCAAGAUGCAUGAAAAAUGCGUCUGAGCCUGCUGCUGCUGUCUGUCAAUUAAUGCUGCAAGAUGCAUGAUGGGAGAUUAUUAUGGUGAGGCGUAACCGGUAGCUGAAUACGAGGCCAUUUAGACUCCUCAAAGCAACUGACUGCCGUUUCCUGAGCAACUAAAAGGGACAAGGAUGUGACGCGGGAUUGGUCACUUGAUCCCAAAGGUCCCAGAGAACUUUAGAGGUCUUUACUGACCGAUUUUGGAUUACUCCAUGUCCUCUCUGCCUCACCCUAUUCGCUUUUUUCUUUGAAUUUGCAGUGCAUUUAUUAAAAAAAAAAGAAAAAAAAAAAAGACGCCGCCACCACCAUCAGUCGUGUAAAUUCCAACUCUUUUGUAUGGAUUUCUUUCUUUCUUUCUUUCUUUCUUUUUUUUUUUAAAGAAAUGUGAAAAUAUAUAUUGUAAGGUCUAGAAAGUCUAGGUCCCAUCACACGUUUCCUAGAAGUGUGAUGAAAUGAAGAUGCUUCUUUUAACCUUUUUUUUUUAUUCUGUUCUAUCCUUGUGACUGAUGUAUGUGGAGUUUUAUUGGACCAGAGGAAGGUUUGACUGAGAGCCGAGAUAGAAACGUGAGAAGCAGGUAUUCAAACUAAACCGUGUUCAUGGGCGGCACUAGCUGUGUGCUUCUAACCUUCAUUAUUCCAGUCUUCUGUCUGUUUCUCAGAACUUAAAGGGAAUUUCCUGCUGUCCUUUGAUCCUCGGCUGCUAGCCUAUGUCAUGCUUUUUCCGAUGCAAACUAUCAGGUCGUGUAUUCAGCCCAUGACAGCAAGACGACUCGGGCUUCUGACCAUCUCCUCCGAAGCGCUAGCCACAAUCGACCGCGAGUGUCCGUGUAUAUGUGGGAGCAAAAGUACGAGAGCGUAAGGAGUCGUUUAGCUUUCGUAUUCACAUUAGCCAUAUUGAUAAUUGCCGAUCAAUACAAAUGAAACGGCGCGCAGGCUGGCGCAGGAAUGCGACCUCACAGGGCCGUCGAUAUCACCCACACACCGAUGCCCGCGUCUGCAUUUCUCUGCAUGCUUUAUGACAGAAACAUCAGCGAGAGGAAGAGGCUGCCUCAUCUGUUUGUGCUUACUCAAUAUCAGGUGCUCAGGAGAAGCAGGAGAAACUCUCUACUAUGUACUUGUACUAUGUACUUAUUUAUGCCGGAGAGACUCUUGCCAGUUGACGAAGCUCUUGUGUGUGUAUGCGGUCAUUUGUCACCGUUGCUAGAGACAUCCCAUUCAUUUCCCACACGUUUUCUGCCGAGGCCUUUGAGUCCAGAGCCCUAUUGGGCUCUGCAAAGAGAUGGGCUUUUUCGGCUACUUUGUCUAAUCCCCUCCUGUCUUUCUCGCUCUAUUACGCUCUGAGUUUUAAAGAUGGUGGUGGAAAUGAAGAGAAAAUGUUCUUCCUGGGUGGGGAAAAAAAAAAAAAAAAAGCUUUUAUCUUUUAACCCGAGUUCUGUGGUGCCAGGUUGAUGCUGUGUCAUAUGAAAGUCUAUAUGUUUCGGUCUAUUUGACACUUUUGAAAUGGCCAAAAAUGGUUAUUUGGAGCGAUGCCGUAGAAGAACCGCCUUCAUUUUACCAAAAGAGCGUUUAGUAGUUUCAGUUGUAUUUUUAUCUUAAAAUAAACCUUUUAAAAUAAAAGGUUUUUAGGGCAGUUUUUGUUCAGAUGUUCCUCGGGAACGCUCAGACGCUCCACGUUUCGCUCCAACCCUCAACACAUUGGGAUUGGGCGAAAAUGUGAACGGUCUUGGGGGACCAGCUUGAGAUCCUCUGCUUGAGGGAAACCAAAUGUGAUUCUUUCGCGGCAGCAUUCACCAAUCCUCCUCUUUCAGAUCCGUGCUGCUGCAUUCCCCUCCAAACCUGAUCUGGCUUGUUAAGGAUUUCUGAAGAGGUUAAUUAGCUCGAGCAGGCGUGGCAGGUUGUGUUUGCGGUUAGACUCCACUGGAAGACAGACCUCCAGGAUCUGGACUGAUGACCACUUUUCUAGGGCAUCGCUCCAAAUAUCCUGUUUGGCAUCUUGUUUUUAAGAGUGUCAUUACAGUGUCUUUUUCUCUGUCUCUCUCUCUCUCUCUCUCUCUAUUUUUUCUCUUUUUACUCAGUGUCCUCCCCAUUCUGUUUGCCUUUAUUCUUAACAACAUUGUGUCUCCCAUCGUGUGUUUGUGAUGUGCAGAAACAGCCCUGACUGACCUGUAUUUAAGCAAUACAAAGCCGGACGAAAGCCAGGCGACUUUUCCGUAGUAAUAAUUUCCUCGCGGCGCUGUUUGCAAACCGCCCACACCAGUAUUGGCUGCUGUGUGGCACCAAGAGAUGUAAGACUCUGUUUCAGGUCAUAUGUCAUUACGG